AUGUCAAACAAUCGCACACCGCCGAGAAGUCGACUUGAAUUCAAUAUCGCACUUAUAUGCGCCCUGCCGCUAGAGGCAAGCUUCGUCAGCGCAUUAUUUGAUGCCAGAUAUGACGGUGAAAAAUAUGGUAAAGAACAAUCAGACACAAACGCCUACUCUAUGGGUGCGCUUGGGUCUCACAAUGUUGUUCUGGUACACAUGCCAAACAUGGGAAAGGUUGCUGCUGCAACCGCCGCUGCACAUCUUCGUACUAGUUUUCCUGGGAUCCAACUGGCUCUGGUCGUCGGCAUCUGUGGUGGCGCACCUUUUGGGCCAUCUGAACUCCUCCUUGGCGACGUCGUCAUCAGUGAAGGGCUGGUUCAAUACGAUCUCGGGAGGCGAUUGCCUAAUACAUUUGCGCGAAAGGAUACGCCUAGAGAUAACCUGCCAAGGCCUAGACCUGAAGUUUGCGCGAUUCUGGCCAAGUUGAAAACUACUCAAGGCCAAUCUCAGUUGCAGAAACAAAUGUUGGAUAAUCUUCGACUAUUGCGUCAGCAACCUGAUCUUACGAUACCAUAUCCGGGGCCAAUGAACGACCAGUUAUUCAAGCCGAAGUAUCUCCACAGGCACCGUCCGCCGGCAGAAUGUGCGAUAUGUGCCAACCUCGAUGAAGAUGAUUUAUGUUCUUCAGCCAUCGAAGCAAGUUGUGAGGAGCUUGGAUGUACAGAGCUGGACCUAAGACCUCGCUCAAGGUUGGCACAAACAUCAAAUGAAUCUCCACCUGCUAUCCAUUUUGGGCUUGUGGCUACCGGAGAUACCGUCAUGAGAUCUGGAAAAGAUCGAGAUAAACUUGUUGCUCGCGAUAAAGUGAUCGCAUUCGAAAUGGAGGGUGCAGGAGUGUGGGAGACAUUUCCUGCCGCUCUUGUCAUCAAAGGUGUUUGUGACUAUGCGGAUAGCCAUAAGAAUAAAAUAUGGCAAUCUUAUGCAGCGGCUACAGCAGCAGCAACUGCAAAAGCCUUCUUGAAACAUUGGGAUACUAGUAAGUACUAUUCUUGGGUCGAAUCUGAUAUACUCCCGUUCUAA